AUGGGACGACGGGAGGCCUGGGCCAUCCUGGGUGCCUGCCACCUGGGUUCUUACCUCUGGGGGCUGGCAGAACUUCGACUCUGGAAGCAGCCAAAGCAGCGUGAGAGGGAAGGACUCAAGGAGAACAAUGGGAGAGGCCAGGAAGGAGGGGUGACCCUGCCGACGGGAGCUCUUGCGCGAAAUGAGACUGACGAGAUGGUAGUGGGUCCUAGACUCGGGAGUCCCAGUGACCACUGA